GAAGGGAAAGCUAUUCCUUCCUUUUUCAAACUCGAGUAUUGAGUUCAAGCUACAAAGCUCUAACUCAAGAACACGGGAGCGGGAGGCGCUACAAAGCUCUAACUCAGUGCACUCAUCGUGUUUUUCGCGCCUGUUCAUUUGAUUCAGUAUGAGUCGUCCAAUGGAAGAAGAAGCUCCUGGCAAGAACGAGGAAGAGGAAUUCAGCACUGGCCCACUCUCUGUACUGAUGAUGAGUGUUAAAAAUAACACCCAGGUGCUUAUCAACUGCAGGAACAACAAGAAACUUCUAGGUCGCGUAAGAGCAUUUGAUCGCCACUGUAACAUGGUGCUGGAAAAUGUUAAAGAGAUGUGGACAGAGGUACCAAAGACUGGGAAAGGCAAGAAGAAAGCCCAUCCAGUAAAUAAAGAUCGGUUCAUAAGCAAGAUGUUCCUCCGUGGAGAUUCUGUCAUCAUUGUCCUAAGAAAUCCGAAGUGAGAGGUGCAUGGACGUGUAGAACAGGAUCCUGGACCUUCCUUUGUGGAGAUAGCUGUUCACAUCGUAGGACUUAUGGCCUCGUAUAUAAGUCAUUGGUGUUCCAAUCAAUUUCGAUGUAGAGACUUUGAUUUAGAUAUCUUUCUAUUUUUGUGUUUUCUGCUGUUGAGACAUUAGAAUGAAACAAAUAUUGGCUGUUAAUUCUAAUAUCUGAGAUUGUUUUCCUUGGUAUUCAUGACCUCAAAGGCUAUGUUUGGAAAAUGAUGUUAUUAUGUUUGAGAGCA